AUGGCAACUUUGCAAGAAACCCAUCUAGAUUUAGAGGCAGGUGGUGGUGGUGGUGGUGGUGGUGGUGGAGAUGCUACCCAUCGUCAAUCAAUCGCCAGCAGUGCCGGCGACGGCAGCUCACGGUCAUCGGAUGCUAGUGAAGAAAGUACUACAGCUACCACUGAGAUUGUAGGGGUGGUGUCGGAGGAAGAAGAAGAUAAAGGCAGGGAAUCCUGUGUGUCAGAGUUCUCGGUGGUGGAUCUGGAAAACGGUGGUGGUGGUGGUGGUGGGGUCCAUUGUGAUGAGGGCAGUAAGGUACAUUUGUCAAAAAUUGAAAGGGAUUGUAGAAUUUGUCAUCUGAGUCUGGAUUUAACCAAUCAAGAGUCUGAGAAUGGGAUUCCCAUUGAGUUAGGUUGUUCUUGUAAAGAUGAUUUAGCUGCUGCUCAUAAGCAUUGUGCUGAAGCUUGGUUCAAGAUUAAGGGAAACAAAACAUGUGAGAUAUGUGGAUCAAUUGCGCAUAAUGUUGCUGGUGUGAACGAGGCUGAACUAAUGGAACAGUGGAACGAAGCUAAUGAUGGCAUAUCAUCAACGGCUACUGCACCUGGUGGGAACACCGCCUCAUCGGACACUCGAAACUUCUGGCAAGGCCAUCGGUUUCUCAACUUCCUGCUAGCGUGCAUGGUUUUUGCCUUUGUCAUCUCUUGGCUCUUUCAUUUCAACGUUCCUUCGUGAAAACAGUCGUGUAAAGUGGGUGAUAUCCAAGGAAGAAAUUCAUUGAGGUACUUCUUUGCUAGCUACUACUGCAUCUUUUUUUUUAUUGUAUCGAAGAAAUUAAAUGGAUCUUUCGUGUUGUUGUCGUCGAUAGUGUAGCAUUCAUGUGUUUCAUUAGAGCUUGUAUCGGUUAUUACUUUAAGAUGUGUAUGAAAUGUUCGUUCUUA